AUGUUCUUGGAUUUAUGUGACAUUGGUAAUACAGUUUCGGCAGAAAUAUUUCUGGAAAUAAUUUGCGAAUUUGGCACUGCUUUUGAAGGUGGUUGCAUCGUAUCAGGCAAGGCUUUGAGCAAUUAUGUAGAAUGUUUGCAACAAAUCACUGCAAAAGUGCCAGAAAAGCAGUAUGUUUUAAGGAAACUGUAUUUUUUAUUCGAUAAAGAUCAGGGUGAUGACCUUCUAGGAACAGAAUCCAUUUUGCAAUAUUUUUUCACAUACUUAUGUUCGAAUAUUAUGGAACCUUCUGACCAGGAGUUGGACUUCUAUCCAACCAGUGGAAAAGUCUGGAAAGACUUUCUAUUAUCUUGUUGUAGUGGCAACACUAGUGAUCAGCAUAACGAUUGGAUGCUUUUUAUACGACUUAUGUCAAUGCUUAUCAAAAAAUCUGAGUCAGUUUGGCGAGCAAUGAAGUCACGAAUUUUUUCUAAAUUCCCGGCGAAACGAUUUCGUGAAAUGCCUAUUCAUUCACUUAUUUGCGUAUUCAGCCUCUUUAUCACAACCUUGCACGGUACAGAUAUGGAAGAGACAUCCAAUAAGGUGAUUUCAUUAGCAACAGCUGCGUUUGAUCCUUCUGAUAAAGAACGUCAUGAUGUUCUGAUUAGAGCAGUUCAAUGUACGAAGUAUAUCUUGGAUGAAAAUCGUCAGGAUUCUUCGCAAGCUAUCUCAACAUUAAUAGCAUUGAUGGGAAAGCUUGAUGAUAAAAAAGAUGUUUCGCUGUAUGCUGAAUGCUGCAUGUGUAUCGGUGAAAAAGUAUCGGAGAUCGGUUCCCUAGUCCGCUUUUUACCAUCCAUGAAUGAUAUGGAUUUGGAACAGCUCCUUGCGAUGACUGCUCACUGUCGAACUGAAAACAGUGUUCUGUGGAAUGCAGCUAUCGGUCAUCUCAAAAGCCCCAAUUUCUCUGCAGUAAUAAAUUAUAUUGUUGAACAGCUGGCAGUAAAAUUUGAACGCAAUCAAUCAGCUUUUCAAAACAUGCGUCAAGUAGUGCAAAAUCUGUUGACCGAGAAAAGUUACAAAUUGGAAAUUUGUUUAUACUUUUUGCGCGAAUUUCUGAAAAGAACUAACGAUGCAAUGUAUCCGGUUGAGCUCAUCGUUCCCUUAUGGUUAGUAGUCACGUUCGAAAAACCGAACACAAACGAACUUGAUGACAUAUCCAAAAAUAUUUGCAAGAAUCUUCGAGUGUCAUUCCGGAAAAAUGGUUUAUACUUCGAAGCUUUUUCUGCGGAUUCAUCCUCAACAAUUCUCUCGAUACGUUGGCUGUUUGAGACUGUUUCAAAAAACGCUAAAAGCAGUAGGAAAUGGAUUCAAGAGAAUAUCAUGAGUUGGUCCGAAUUGCUAGUACCACCUUUACAAUGUAUUUUGAUGAACGCUGAAGAAACAACAGUGAUCCAUUGUUGUCGUAUAAUGUCCUAUUUAUAUAUGUAUGUUGCGCAACAAAUUUACAAACCACCCUCAGAAUGUAAUUUUAAUCGUUCACCAUUUGUGCGGUUCUGCAAACUCAUGCUACAGAAUGUGCUUUUAGUGCGCGAAUUUCCCGCAGUCUUUGUUCGUGAAGUCCUGCCCAACUACAUGGUUGGCAUGUUUUCAUUACCGGUACAUUCUGUACCGUACCUUCUUCGUGUUGUUUCGGAUGUACUCGAGAAACACUUGGAUGAUAAUGUCUUAAAAGAAAUAUUCACGAAUAUGCUCAAAGAAAAACCACAGUUAACCACCGCAUUAUACGCUUCAUCGAAAGUGGGUACAAGGUUGUUCAAUUUUGUUUCACAAAUAAAGUAAAAGUUUAAAG